AUGGAGCGCGUGCUCGCAGCACUAACGCGGUUAAAGACACGCAUAGACACUAUUGAAAGAGCUAGUGUUAGGGUUUUAAACGCUUCGCCUUUCUCGCCACGCAUGCAACAUGCACAACCUGGGCGUCGAGGCGAUGGGCGCAACGUGGCGCAAGCGGCAUUUGAUGGAAGCGAUUCUCGUCGUGCAAUGGAUGGAAGCAGCGCGCUAGAGCGUACGCCAAUGCAGAUCGACGAACUUUCCGGUAUGGGACCGUUUAAAGCUGGAAGCUUUUACAGGCGCGCCGAAGCACAAGCGCGGGUUAAUCAAGGUGCGGCGGAAGAACAAGCCGCGAUGGAGCACAAGAGGCAGCCCAUGCGCAAGCAGGGUAUCAAGCUACCUCAUCCUAGGCAUGCCUUGGUAGGCUAA